CCCCCAAUUUUCCCCCAUUUGCAGAAACCCUAACGCCACCAAGCCCCAAAUUGUCUGUCAACAUUCCCCCCUGUUUCCUCCAUUUGCUUGCACCAGGAACACUAGUUGCUCAAAAUUCUUCUUUCUUUUCAAUCAUUUGAUCUUUCAAUACAGUCAAAAUAGGGCCUCUCUCCCUCCCUGGUUCUUCUUCUUUUUCCCUUCCCUUAGACCCCUCUGGUUCAAUUAAUCUUCUCUAAUUCCUGUUUCGAAUUUCUGGUCCUAUCAUCUUCCUUGUUUUUAUUCACCCAAUCACCGAACCCAACAUGUAUUCAAGCAAUUCCCAUCAACCAUCCUCUCAAUUUGGUUCUCCAUCUUCAUCUCCUCAUUAUGGCGAGUUUGUGGGUCUCUGCAAAUGUGGUCUUCGACAAGUUAAAAGAACUGCUAUGACUCGAUUCAACUAUGGACGCAGGUUUUGGGGAUGUCCAAAAUUUUCGGUAAAGCUUGUUUUUGUGUUUUAGAUUGUGCAAAUGUGGGCCUUUGAGCAAUUUGCUUAUGUAUUAAUGUUAAUCCUUCUCUAUACUGCUCUGCUCAGAUAUCUUCUCUUUGCUUUGGUUAUAUCUGUUGCUCUUCGAUCAGUUUGCUGUGCUGUGCUUUGAGGAAUCUGGUUUUUUAUUUUUGUUUGUUUUCGGUUGAGAUUGUUUUUGGUUAGGUUUUUAUAAUUGUUUUAUUAUUGCUUUUAUUGCUUUUUUUUAUUGUUGUAGAAGGAUGGUGAGGAAGCUGUGCUGUGCUCUGCUUUGAGGAAUUUGGUUUUUUAUUUUUGGUUGUUUUCGGUUGAGAUUGUUUUGGUUAGGUUUUUAUAAUUGUUUUAUUAUUGCUUUUAUUGCUUUUUUUAUUGUUGUAGAAGGAUGGUGAGGAAGCCGGCCAUACCUGUGGACUUUGAUUCUCGAGCUAAGUUUUGGAUAACAUAUUGCUGGGAUAAAGAGCAAGCACUGUUGAAUGAGAUUUCACAACUGAAAAAGGAGAACCUGGACCUGCAUAGAGAGAUUGAUGGUUUGAAGAAUUUGAACUGUGAAAUGGAAAACAAAGUUAGUGGGAUUGAGACAGUUGCUUCAAGUUAUUUGAAGCUGAAAAAGUGUUUAAUUUGUUGUAUCUUCAUAAUUGCUUUUUUGGCCAUUAAAUUUGCAGGGUAAUUGGUCAUAGUCUGCUUUUGUAAUAGGUGAUGAGCAAGUGUAAUAUGAUGUGGUGCGGACUGCUUUUGUAAUUAUAGGACUACUUGUUGUAAAUAUGACUCCUAUUGUAAUUGAUUAGCUUAUGAAUGAAAUAUGACUUUUCUG